AUUUUUACUCAAUGCAUUGAUGAUAUUUAUUUUUAAACUUUUUUCAAAAGUGUAAUGUCAGUAGAAGAUAUGGAUACAAUUCAGCAUUCGUCCAGUCAAAAUAAUACAAUUGAAAUUUCGGAACAAAAUUAUUUUAAAAAUAGCUUGCACCCUAUUCCAAUAUUAGAGAUCUUACAAUCUCAACGCAAAACUGGAACAUUUUGUGAUAUUAAGCUUAGAACAAGUGAUAAAUUAUUUAUUACUUUUGGUCAUCAAAAUAUUCUAAUGGCAGCUAGUCCAUAUUUCCGAGAAAUUCUUAAUACAUUAGAUGAAGAUGUUACAAUAAACAUUGCAGAUCACGAUAUUUUAGAAAUAUUAGUAGACUAUAUUUAUACUGGUGAACUUACAUUGAAAAAAGUUAACGUAGAGGUAUAA